ACUUUGUUCGUUGCUUUAAGAGCAGCGAACAAAAAAUAAUACUUCAAGUUCAGUUUUUGCUUGAAAAUGUUUGUUUUAGGCUACUUGACAAAAAAUUACGGCUGACUCUCUGAAGCCAUGGAAAAAGAAAAGAUGAAAAAGCGUUCAAACGCGGCAGACAGUCUAGAUACGGAAGGGAACAAAAUAAGAAAAGUUUCGAACUCUGUGAACUCUUCUAAGCAAGGAAAUGAGAAAUUGAGACCAAAUGACGUCAUGAAAUCAGCGGAGAAGAGAAGCUCGCUCGAUGUUUUGUUAGAGGGAAUGACGAAUGUUGAACUCGGAGAAGACUUGGAGACGCUGAUUACAAGGUCGAGGUUAAGGAGAAGAAAUGAGGAAUACGUAGAAUCUGCCUCAACCAGUCGCGACAGUUUCUCACCAAUCGGAAAAGUUACUAUCGCUCCGAAACCGCCUGUUGCCAUGGAUGAUGCCAUAGAAUCAGAUGCCGAUGCAAGUGACGCAGAAUCUGAGUUUUGUCCUGCUUGGUCAAGUUCUCCCGGAAGCAGUUCGACGAGUCUCGAUGACAUCGAAGAUGACAUGGGUAGUGACGUCAUCUAUGACAGAGAAGGAGCGUAUUUCCUUCCGGAGAGUGAGAUUGAUUUCACGAUGGAGAAUUCAGAUGAUGACGGAAGUCUGCAGUUUGCAGAUAUACAAGAGUAUGAAGAUAUAAAGAGAAUUCUCUCCAAGAAAUCAGCGUUUUCUGACGUCACGAACCUCCCGAUUCCUGCGGCCGGAAACGAAAAAGAAAGAACUAUGUCGUCACAAACAACAAGCUCAGAUGGGCGGAACAGUCCUGUCGCAAAAUUCAAGCCGCAAGCGAUCAGGAGAGUUAAGAGCAUGAUAUAUGAGGUUGCGAUGGAUAAUGAGAUUGAUGCGGGACAACGGUCCAAGGUUCUAUUACGUAAGCAUGCUCGCGACGUUACACCUUCACAAAUAUCGAUGUCGCCUUCACCAUUGCUGUCUGCGGAAGAUGCCGGAUCACUGAAGCGUUCGCCUUCUCAAGUCAGUUGUUGCAAGUUCAGUUUGAAACGUUCCCGAUCAAACCUGACGGUCGCUGAGAACUACAUCAAGAGGCAUCCCAUAUUUGAGGGUGACGUCAUCCACGAAGAAAGCGAUGAUGACGUUAGCAGUGACGCAGGAAUUGAAAUGAAAAUUGAGACUGAUGGAGAAGUGACAUCACGGAAUAGCGACGUAUAACUCUGCUUCUUAAUUAUAUAUUUAUGCUGCGGGUCCGCGAAAUAAUAAAAACUCAUUUAAUUAC